AUGAGUUGGAAUCUGCUAGAGCGCUUUAUAGAAUCCGAGCACUUCAACCAAGAUCCGAGCCUCGCAGUAGCAUACCUUGCAUUCCAUGAGAACAGUCGGUAUGCAGAUCACGUCGGAAUCCACUAUGUGCUCUGUUCGAAGCUGCGCCAGUUCGCCUACGAGGAGCUCGAGUUCUUCCUCCCGCAGCUAUGUCACCUGCUCAUCAGCAUCGACAAUGAGUCUAUGGCUCUGGAGGAAUUCAUAAUAGACUUGUGCGAGGAGUCGGUCAACGGCGCGCUUCUGACCUUCUGGCUGUUCCAGACCUAUCUCCACGAUCUUGCAAGCGCCCCCAACUCAAUCGCAUUCAAGACAUGUCGGCGCAUAUACAAUCGCGUGCAGCGCAUCGUCUUCGGAUCCGCCGAGCCACAGCGCCGGGAGAAGAUCAAAGAGAACGUCCUACCCGUCACCGUGCUCUCCAGUCUGGUCCUGGCGAGCAUAGCCGCGCCCUUUCUACCAGUCCACGCCGGUCCACUGGCUAUUGCGCAGGCGCGAAAACCUAGGCCCGUCGAGGACAUCAUCUCGGAUAACGUGCAGACGGCCAAGGUCGGAAGGAGCAAGACUGUCACUGGAGGAUCGUCAAGGUCCAAGGAAAAGAGGAUAACGGCGCAGCACUCAGAUCCCGAGGAUGGGCGCUCAGUCAAGGCUUCGUCUUCGCGGCCGCGUGAUCCGAAAGAGCUGAGGAAGGCGGCUGUACGACCGCCAGCCGCUCAACGGGCGCCCUCAAUGCAGCACCGCCCUUCGCUGUUGUCAAUUGCAUCAGAAGCCCGACUCAGCUCGUCCUCGUUACCAGACUUCCGAGACUCCAGAUCAUCCCCUCUCCCUACGCCCCCAGCGACUGCUGGUUUAGGACCGGGCCCACUUCAUCAUGGCUCACGCAAGUCAGGACUACCACCAAGGCCUCUUACACCCACCGCAUUGUCUCGUGCACAGAAAAUACGGCUACUACGAUCCAACUACUUCCGGAACGAAACCCAGUUUCUAAGCGCUCUCGAGGACAUCUCAAACCGCCUCGUCGUUGUACCGAAACCCGCGCGAUUGAGUGCGCUGCGAGCUGAGCUAGCGUUGAUAGCCCAGGACUUGCCGGCUGAAGUUGAUAUACCUCUAUUAUCGCCUCCAACUCUCAAGGACGGCAUUCCAUCGCAGAGCCAGCAUCACCGUAUAGUGCGCAUAAAUCCCGCCGAAGCGACUAGUCUCAACAGUGCAGAGCGAGUACCUUACCUACUCAUGGUAGAGGUGUUGGAGGAAGACUUUGACUUCGACCCGGACACUGAGCAGAAUCAACAACUGCUCGAAAAGCUGAUGCUAGAAAAGGGCACCUCGAGAAGACGUCUUUUUGACAUCACCAAUGCCGAGUAUCUCGCAUUCGAUCGAACACCGCCCAAUGGAUCGGACAGCGUGUUCGAGCCUGCUACCGGAGACCUGGGGAGUACAUCACUCAUCAAGGAUAUGGAUGAGAACGACAUCGCUUCUGGGUUGGCGCGCGUAACGUUACCUGGUGCAACCGCCAACGGGAAAGCCACGGCCCCAAGGUCUUCAAGCGGAGCGAACACUCUAUCGUCGGUGGCUACAUUAUCUACACCACGAACGUCCGACUCACAAAUCAGCCGAUCCAACAGCCCUGGUCCCAUUAGACGAAUGACGAUUCCAGCAAACCUAAAUCAAAGGAACCAGGCCGUCGAUCAACCAGACUUUUCUGCCCUAGCGACUCACAUGCGCACUGCUGCUCAGAUGCUCGCACAACUUGAAGCAAGCGGCGCGAAACGGCCAAAGGGCGAAGUAGCAGCGAUCAAAGCCAAGAUCAUCGCAAGUAUGCAAACUCUGGAAGAGCAAAACUUCUUAAACGAAGAUCAGGGACCUACAUUUGAUACGAUUAUGGCGGAAUCGGAUCCAGCAGCAAUCGCAGCCGAGCCGGAAGAGCUUGAGGACGGCUUGACAGUUGCUACUAAUACGGGCGCAGGUGCAGCUCGCAUGGAGAACGAUCUCAAGACAGGUGGCAUGCGGCGGAAGGGCGAUCGUGAUGAUCCUAGUGCCGCCACUUUUGGUGAAGAAUGGAGCGCGAAGCGAGAACGAAUACGGCGGUCUUCACCAUACGGCCACAUGAAGAACUGGGAUUUGAUCAGUGUCAUUGUCAAGACAGGCGCCGACUUACGUCAAGAAGCCUUUGCCUGCCAGCUCAUCGAGGUCUGCACUAAGAUCUGGGAAGAAGCAAACGUGCCAGUUUGGACAAAACGCAUGCGGAUCCUCGUCACAGGCGAAUCUUGCGGACUCAUCGAAACCAUCACAAACGGCGUAUCUCUUCACUCGCUCAAACGAAGCUUGACACUGGCCAGUAUAGCAGCAGGCACUAACCCCCGAAAACGCAUCGCUACGCUGAAAGACCACUGGCUCAAGACAUUUGGCGAACCAGACUCGGAAGCCUACAUCGCCGGUGUGGGUUGCUUUGCCCGCUCCCUCGCCGCCUACAGUAUGAUUUGCUACGUCCUGCAACUAAAGGACCGUCAUAACGGCAAUCUCCUCAUCGAUAACAUGGGCCACAUAAUUCACAUCGACUUUGGUUUCAUGCUCUCCAACAGUCCCGGUUCCAUGGGCUUCGAAGCCGCGCCCUUUAAACUAACGCAAGACUACGUCGAUGUACUAGGCGGUGUGACAGGCCCUGCGUUCGAAGAGUACAAAACGUUAUGUAAGAAAGCGUUCCAGGCGCUGAGGAAAGACGCAGAGAGAUUGAUCAUGCUGGUGGAUUUGAUGAGUAAGAACAGUAGUAUGGAUUGUUUCAAGGCAGGCGCGCAGACUGUAACCAACAGUUUGAGGGCGAGGUUGAUGUUGCAUUUGAGUAAGGAGGAGGCCGAGGGGUUUGUUGAGGAGCUUAUUGCGAAGAGUGUGGGAAGUUAUUAUACCCGACUUUACGAUACUUUCCAGUACCGCACACAAGGCAUAUAUUGA